AUGAAUUCCUCCUUUUCCAACUAUAAUGUGUCGAGUCAGAGUUAUCGAGAUUCUCUGAGCUCAGCUGUAGCCAAAAAUGUGAUUGUUGUGGCUCUUGGCCUUAUCAUCAACUACACCAAUGGCACACUGAUUAACACCUUCAGAAAACACCAGAUAUUUUACCUGAAUCCUCGUUACAUCCUCUUCAUCCACCUGGUCUUGAACGAUAUGAUUCAGCUCACUGUAACGAUCAGCCUGUUAGUCUUUAGUUAUGUUUUCUACAAAAUCAAUGCAUCCUUCUGUUGCCUCCUCAUUACCUUGGCUGUCUUCACCACCUUCAACACUCCAUUAAAUUUAGCUGUCAUGGCAGUGGAGUGCUACAUCGCUAUUUGUUUACCACUGCGACACGCUGAGUUGUGCACCAUCAAAAGAACAUACAUUCUGAUUGGUUGGAUUUGGGUCAUGAGCGCAGUUUCGAUGCUGCCGGAUGUGUUUAUUGUUAUGGCAACCGAGCCUGCGCGGUUAUUCCAUUCCACUAUUUUUUGUGAGAGGGAUAACCUGUUCCGACACCCUAUAAGUUUAAAAAAGAGGGAUGUUUCCCACAUAAUUUCCCUAAUUGGUGUUUGGCUCACUCUCUUCUAUACUUACUUUAAGAUCUUCUUUGCUGCUAAAGCUGCUAAAGAGGUUAAAUCAGGGGAUGGAAAUGCAACAAAGGCCAGGAAUACAAUCCUGCUUCAUGGCUUUCAGCUACUGCUGUGUAUGCUGACUUAUGUAGGCCCUAUUGUAAAAAAGGCUCUGUUCUACUGGUUCCCUAAAUAUUAUGUUCAUGCAGCCUUUGUUUGUUAUAUAAUCAUCCAGAUACUGCCAAGGUUUAUCAGUCCUAUCGUGUACGGGCUACGAGACAAGACGUUUAGGCAGUACUUGAAAAAUUAUCUGCUGUGUACAGCAAAGUCUGCAUCGAUGCUGACUUAUGGAAAGUAG